UAGGAAGUGGAGGAGGACGUGUUAGAGUCAUCGAGAGAAAACCAAAGUAGACAGAUUAUUGUCUAGAGAAUAAUCGUAAUAAUUGACAAAUAUAAAUUGAACUAUUCUCAUGGUAAUUUGAUUGAGUUGAUUGAUUUAUUGAUCGAUAGGUGAAUUUGAUGUGAUAAAGUGGGGACGUGGGGGCGGAAUGAAGGGAGAAUUUUAAAUAUUUUGGGGGAUUUUUUGAUUGUGAAGUGAAUUGACGUUUGUUGAAGUACUUUAAGGUUUGCUGAGAGGCGGUUAAUUAGGGGAGCGUGAGAAUUGGGUAUUUGAGGUUUAUCGUGAGAGGAGGGAGGUAAAUUUGGAGGAGGGAGAGGGACUGAUCACGUCAGUGGCCGGGAUGCGGCACGAGGAGCCUCUGAGCUCCAGAUAACACGUGGCGAUUCCACACACUCCAAUCUCAGAAGGUUAACGCGUUUCAGCGUGAGAGGCUGAGACCACGAGAAUGCCAGGGGUGUGGAAGCUGCUACGCAUCAUCAUCUACAUGGUGGUCGGGAUGGACUACGUCAUUGGUAGCGGCGACAUAUGGCCGCUAGAGAGGCCAGAGGGUAUGCCAGCCAUUCAAUCUCUGGAAGUGAUGUGCGGCAAGGACCACAUGGACGUACAUUUGUCAUUCUCACAACCAUUCGAGGGUAUCGUGUCGUCCAAGGGACAACAUGCCGACCCACGAUGCGUUUACGUACCACCAUCCACGGGACAAACAUUCUUCUCAUUCCGAAUAGCAUAUGCGAGAUGCGGAACGAAGCCAGACAUGCACGGCCAGUUUUACGAGAAUACUGUGGUCGUUCAAUACGACAAGGAUCUCCUGGAGGUUUGGGACGAGGCCAAAAGGCUGAGAUGCGAAUGGUUCAAUGACUACGAGAAAACCGCAUCAAAGCCACCAAUGGUCAUAGCCGAUCUCGACGUUAUCCAGCUUGAUUUCCGAGGUGACAAUGUUGAUUGCUGGAUGGAAAUUCAACAUGGAAAGGGCCCGUGGGCCCCGCCGGUCUCUGGAAUUGUACCUCUUGGCUCGACUCUCACGCUCGUUGUUGCGAUCAAUGAUUACAGAGGCGAGUUCGAUAUGCGUGUGAAAUCAUGUGUGGCAUCUGACGGCGGUGGACACACGAUACAGCUCAGCGAUGAACUUGGUUGCGUGCUGAGGCCGAAGAUGAUAAGUCGAUUCUUGAAAGCGCGUGGCUCUGACGAUCGGGCGACUGUCAUCACUUACGCUUUCUUCCACGCCUUCAAGUUCCCGGACGCCCUCAGUGUCCACAUCAAGUGUAAGGUUGAGAUAUGCCGACACGGAUGUUCAGAUCACUGUCAACUGAACGGUGCUCCCGGCCAUUAUAUUCAAGACCGCAAGGAUCAUCCGUCCCGACCGCUGUACACACAGACAACUCAAACAACCACCGUUCACGAGGAAGACGGAUCGCUUUACGAUGAUAUUAUACAGAAUGGGGAUGAGAUGGCAUCGAUUGGUGGUCAAUUUCUCGGUGUUGAAAAGUCAGCGCCUAAGGCACAGGCACAAAUGGCAAAUCGUAACUCUGAUAAUGGGCCUGUCAAUGAUAUGCAAAAAGAUGGUAGACCCGAGGAGCCGAAAAUUACACAUCCGUUCUUGGACCCACCACGAGUGACGUCCUACCGAGACGAAGACCAAUUUCCCCACGGGCCCCGUAAUCUGGAAGGAAGUGACACAACAAUUGAUCCCCUGAAAUCAAACGGCAGUUCCAGAAAGCGUCGUUCACUCAAAAUAUCAGAUCGCAAGGCACGUUCAGCAGACGUUGGUGUCAGUGGUAUCUACGAGGUCAUAUCCGAGGCCGACUUGGCAUUCAGUCCAGACACUCACGCAGAAGCUGUCACUGUAUUUCAGGGUAGAAUACGAGAAGAAGUUGUGUAUGGAAUUUGCCUGCCAAUGCCAAGUUUCAGUGCUCUAUUCAUCAUAGUUGCACUAUCAGCAGUUAUAUCUGCACUUGUUGCUGGUGCUAUGUUGCACCGACUUCAGGUACAACGUGAAGCGGCUGACAAUCAGAAGAAUCAGGUCGCCGUUGCUAAUCGCGGAUGGUUGCCAUACGGUCUUCUGCGAGUCAGAUGUACACAACGAGAACAGAGAAUUCCGAAGACACAAGUCAGUCCUGGAAAUUCAAUCGAACACGGCUGAAUGCAGUGGUGAUGAUGAUGACAAGUGGCUCAAGGUUGUCCUGGAUCAUUUCAGUGGCGACGUGGUAAAACGAGAUGAGUCCCUGACUACUUUCCAGUUUUUCAUGUCUAUCUCGAAAUCUACGAAAGAUAGCAAAAUUUUCAAUGAGACCUUUUUUGUAGAGCAAAUCAAGAGCUACAAUAAAUGCCAUGACAAGAAAUCCGCUAUCUCGCUUAGAUUCGGAGAUAUCGCACGAAACCUCGACUCAGAAAUAAGUCAACUUAUCUUGUCUUGCUACUUCGCUGGAUUUCUCAUCUAAUUUUGGUAUCGAGCACUUCAAUCGUUGGUUUCCUGGGCACCUCCUUCGGGCGUAAAUUGUUUAUUGUGUGUUCUAUCGAUGUUACACUCAAUAAUUAACAAAGACAAUGUGCAAUAUAGUGUACAAAGUAUUCUAAGUGUUUUCUAAAGAGUUUUUCAGAAGAGAUUCAUCAACGAGGAUUCAAUUUUCACGCAUCAAUCUCCUGUCUUGAGAUUCUCAUACUUUUUUACUCUGGUUAAGGAAUGAAUUUGGGAAGUGGAAUUUUAAUGAUGAACAUUCUCAUCGUAUGUUUGAACAUUUAUCCUUUCCUUAUUCUGUGGAAUUAAAUCAUUACAUUACAUUUACGAUUUUCCGGGACUCGAGUCUCAGCUACGGUGCUUCGAAUUCCCAUUCAUUUAUUUCAAUGAAAUCAUUAUACCAUAAUUUUUGUUAUUAUUUUACUUGGGAUUAUUCCAUUAUUUGUGAAUUAUUAUUAUAAUUAUCAUACAAUGAUUCGUUUAUAAAUUAUAUUAUAUAUAAUAAAUGAAAUCAA